GGAGGGGGGGGGGGGGCUACAACAGUGCCACAUUUAACUCGUUUGCGUCACGCUUUGGAGUUUCCUCCCUGGUUAGACAUUUGGCGUUUGCUGAGGUUUUGGGACCAAAACCGAAAUUCCAGCCCAUUUUUGGCUGGUGGGCUAAAGCUGCGUCCUCUGAUGGGUUAAUUUGUGCGUUUGAUCCUGGGGUGUGCGCUGCGCGAUGGCCGCGUCGGGCGGACGGAAGAGCGAGAAGUUGGACGAGGCACAGGCGUUGGCCCGGAGCUGCGCGGGGAGACCGGACUUUCUCCCGUGCGACGGACUGUCCAUCUGCGCAACACACAGCCACGGGAAGUGCUUCAAGCUCCACUGGUGCUGCCACUUGGGAUGGUGUCACUGUAAAUAUGUGUACCAGCCGAUGACCAACGUGUGCCGCCUCCCCAGCACCCCAGUGCCUGCCACGCCCACAGACCACCCCCAUACCAUGGACCUGACAGUCUCAUUGGCCGAACGCUUCCUCAUGACCGCCCCCUCCUUCCAAGCCCCGCCCUGCCUGGAGUCGCCCAAGUUCUGCAUGAUCUCAGACCUCUUCGUGGACGACUACAUGGUCAAACGCAUCAAUGGGAAGAUGUGCUAUGUUCAGAGACCUCAACCUUCCACCAUGCCCAGCCCGCCUCAAUCACAUCCCCCUCACCCACGUAACUCCCAGCCCCGGUCCAAACCCCACCCCCAACGGACCCCCAGACACCACCCACACCCCCAGGGCACCAAGCCCAGUGCCCUGGGGGUCAAGGUCACCACCCCCAAAAUAGACCACUGCUCCUCCCCGUCCAGCUCUGAGGAUUCUGGGAUAAAUGCGCUGGGCGGCCAUUACAUGGAGUCAUGUGACGAGGGUUCUGAGGAAGAGGAGGAAGACGAGGAGGAGGAGGAGGAAGUGGAGGAGGAUGAAGAGUUAAGUAGUGAUGGAGAGUCUAGUCCACUAAGCAUGUGGAAUCAAGAUGAGAGUUCUCUGCUCUCUCCGUCCAAGUCUAUGGUGGAGAUUAUUGAGAAGAUUGAGACAACUGUGUGAGACAACUUGCACUGUCACGUUGAAAUAGAGACGAUGAGACAGUGAUCUAGCCGGUUCAGCUUAGAGCCACACACUCAAACACACACACACACACACUAGCCUGUCAACGUUCCUCUAACUACAGUAUACUAAUCGUACAACACCAAAACAGUGACCUGUUACAUAUGAACUUUGACCUUUCACCUGUUAUAGCAUGGUUACCUACGACCUUUCACCCUGUUAUAGCAUGGUUACCUACGACCUUUCACCCUGUUAUAGCAUGGUGUACCUACGACCUUUCACCCUGUUAUAGCAUGGUUACCUACGACCUUUCACCCUGUUAUAGCAUGGUGUACCUACGACCUUUCACCCUGUUAUAGCAUGGUUACCUACGACCUUUCACCCUUUUAUAGCAUGGUGUACCUACCCCAUUCUACUCUACUCUGGAGGGAUUUCACUUAUCUUUCCAAACCAGUAGUCAGCUGAAAGAACCCACAAAUGAACCAGAGCACAAAUGUAGGAAUAAGUGAAGUGAUCUAGUCUAUGACCCGACACACUUAAAGAAGAGAUGUGACCAAACAGAUUCUGAGGAUUCUAAAUCAUGAGGCUACUACUUUUUAUACAACAAUCAAGGUUGAAACCCAAAUGGCACCCGAUUCCCUAUGUAGUGCACUACUUUAGACCAGGGCCCAUAGGGGAUAGUGCACUACUUUAGACC